AUGCGGGGCAGUCCUGCGUUCUUCGCCAUAUUACUGGGCACGAUAUUCGGUGUCCUCGGCGCGUCUCUCAGCAAAGCGCUCCGGUACAAAGCGCCGGAUGAGUGCAAGUGGGUCGCGACCGGUGACACCGAGGAUGACGUCUCGUUGGUCUGUCGCCUGAGAACGAUCAACAGCGAGCUGGAGAACACCAACUUCAGCGUGAUACAACCACAACAUACGGUCCGUCUGCGGCUGGAAUGCAGCGACGCGUUGUUCUACCAGAGCUCGCUGAGCGCCGGCAGCUUCAGGCCGUUGGUCGAGCUGCGCGAGCUGGUAAUCGAGUAUUGCAAGAUCGGUAACCUGUCGGACGACGCGUUCAAAGGGUUGAAGGAGUUGCGUAAUUUGACCGUGAGGACGCACAACACCGACUGGUCGGCGAUGGCACUGGACGUGUCGGCCGGAGCGUUCACGGACGAGUUGAGGCAAUUGGAGAAAUUGGAUCUCGGCGAGAAUAACAUGUGGAGUAUACCGGAGGGUGCGCUGUGUCCCCUGGUCAAUUUGGAAAUUUUAAACUUGACGAGAAAUCGAUUGCGCGAGGUGACGAGUUUUCGGUUCAACGGAGCAUCCAGGUGUUUGUCGAACUUGAAGGAAUUGGAUUUAAGUAACAACAGCAUCGAAUCACUGCCGACCGCCGCGUUCUCCGGUUUAACGCGGCUGCACAGUCUCGACCUCCGAUGCAACGCCAUCAGUUUCAUGGCGGACCGCGCGUUCGAAGGCUUCUCCUCGUUAGCCAUCUUGAGGCUCGCGGACAAUCGGCUCGCUAGCUUGCCACCCGAACUCUUCAGCGACGCGAGGAACAUCCAGGAGAUUCACUUGAGGAACAACACGUUGAACGUGUUACCGCCCGGUUUGUUCAGUGAACUGACGCAGUUGUUGGUGCUCGAUCUUUCUCAUAACGAGUUGACCGCAGAGUGGGUGAACGCAGCUACUUUCAGUGGUUUAGUACGUUUAGUGGUGCUCGAUCUAUCUAACAAUCGUAUCGCUCGACUAGAUCCGACCGUGUUUCGCGACCUGUACAGCUUACAGAUUCUCCGGUUACAGGAGAAUCUCCUGGAAACUCUACCGGAGAACACGUUCUCCGCGCUCUAUAAUCUUCACACCCUGUUGCUCAGCUAUAAUUUGCUAACUGUUAUCGACGCGACCACGCUCAGUGGUCUUUACGUGCUGAAUCUGCUUUCCUUGGACAACAACAGGCUGCACACGAUCCACCCCAGCUCCCUGAGAAACGCCUCGUCCCUGCAAGAGUUUCACCUGAACCGUAACCAGCUUAAGUCCGUUCCGGACGCGUUGAAAGCCACUCCCCUUCUGCGAACCCUCGACCUCGGCGAGAAUCUCAUUUCGGAGAUACCGACCGGCACGUUCGACCACGUGGCCCAGCUUUACGGGCUUCGAUUAACCGAAAAUCAUAUUGGGAAUCUUACCAAAGGUGUUUUCGAUCGUAUCAAGGAGCUCAAGAUAUUAAAUCUCGCGAUGAAUCGUAUACAGUACAUCGAACCCGGCACUUUCGACGAGAAUCUCAACCUCCAAGCGAUCCGUUUGGACGGUAAUCAACUGACGGACAUCGCCGGCCUUUUCACUAAUCUGCCGAAUCUCGUUUGGCUCAACGUCAGCGACAAUAAACUCAGAUGGUUCGACUACGCGAUGAUACCAACCGGAUUGCAAUGGCUCGACAUCCACUCGAACGAGAUACGAGAGCUGGGCAACUACUUCGAGAUCGAGAGCCAGUUACAGCUGAGCAUCUUCGACGCGAGCGAGAACAAGCUCACCGAGAUCACCGGAAACGCGAUACCAAUGAGCGUGGAGAGGCUCUACCUCAACGACAACCAGAUCUCCAAGGUGCAGAGUUAUUCGUUUUUCAAGAAGCCCAACCUGACGACGGUCGAGUUAAAAGGAAACCAGAUACGUAACUUGGAGCCGUACGCGUUGCGUAUCAGCGCCGUGCCACCGGAAAAACCGCUGCCAGAAUUUUACAUCGGCGACAACCAGUACCUGUGCGACUGUACCAUGGAGUGGUUGCAACGCGUCAACAGACAGAACCAGACUCGAGUGCAACCGCGAGUCAUGGAUCUGGAGAGUAUUUACUGCAAACUUCUGUACGAUCGAGAGCACGCGUUCGUACCUUUGGUCGAGGCAUCUCACUCGCAGUUUCUCUGCAAAUACGACACCCAUUGCUUCGCCCUGUGCCACUGUUGCGACUUCGACGCCUGCGACUGCGAGAUGACGUGCCCUUUGAACUGCACGUGUUACCACGAUCAAUCGUGGUCUGCUAACGUAGUGGACUGUUCGAAUGGCGGGCACGUGAGCAAGUUGCCCGAACAGAUACCGAUGGACGCGACGCGGCUCUAUUUGGACGGGAACGACCUGCGCGGGGUGUCCAGUCACGCUUUUAUCGGUCGUAAAAAGCUCAAAGUGCUGUUUCUCAAUUCCUCCAACAUCGAGAUUGUGCAAAAUCGAUCGUUCAACGGUCUCAGAGACUUGGAGGACCUUCACCUGCAAGACAACAAGAUUCGAGAGCUGAAAGGACACGAGUUCGAAGGACUGGACGAUCUGAAACUUCUCUACUUGCAUCGCAAUCGAAUCGUAUCGAUAGGCAACGACACCUUCUCUUCUCUUCGAUCGUUACGCAUUCUUCGAUUGGAGAGCAAUCGGCUGACGACUCUAGCCGUGUGGACGUUACCUGGUUCUAUCGAAAUCAGUUUGUCUGGAAAUCCAUGGUCCUGUGAGUGUGACUAUCUUCAAAGUUACCGCGAGUGGAUCCGCGAGCCGAACGUUCGCGUGACGGACGCGUCCGCGUUGCGCUGCGUGUACAACGUGACGGAGUUCGAGGCGUUCGGUAACGAGGUGUUCGCGGACAACGAGUUCGGGUUCUCCGUGGCGAACAACGAUCGCGAGAGAAGCAACGAUAGCGUGUGUACGGGGGCUAGUAGCAUCGACAACGACGUGCACCGCAACUAUACCAAGACCAUCAUCGAGAAACAAGUGCUACAGGACUAUCUUCCACUUUUGGUUGCUACGUUAGUUGGCUCUCUAUUGGUAGUCCUCCUCUGUAUGUUGGGAUUCGUGUUCCGUCAAGAACUUCGCGUAUGGUUCCACUCGAGAUUCGGUGUGAGGAUAUUCUAUCGAAACCACGAAGUGGAUCGGGACGAUCGGGACAAACUGUUCGACGCUUUCGUCAGUUACAGUUCUAAAGACGAGGCGUUUGUUGCCGAGGAAUUGGCGCCUGUCUUAGAGAUGGGGAAUCCUUCCUAUAAAUUGUGUCUGCACUACCGGGACUUUCCUGUCGGAAGCUUCAUAGCAGACACCAUAGUCCAAGCGGUGGAAUCCUCGAGAAGAACCAUAAUGGUCCUAUCCGAAAACUUCAUCAAGUCCGAGUGGUGUCGGUUCGAUUUCAAAUCGGCGCACCAUCAGGUGUUGCGUGAUCGAAGACGCCGACUGAUCUUGGUGCUAGUGGGCGAUGUUCAUCAGCGAGAUCUCGACCCAGACAUUAGGCUAUACCUGAAGACGAACACGUACUUGCAGUGGGGCGACAAGCUAUUCUGGGAGAAACUUCGGUUCGCGUUGCCGGACGUACCGAACAAUCAGAGGACCACGCAGAGGACGAGGCAGCCGCCGCCGGUCCGACGGCAGCACAACAACAGGACAUCGAACGGAUCGCGUACCGUCUCCGUGCACAUAUGAGCUCUCUGUGGUUUCGUUCUCUAGUGUUCGUGCGUUCGUGUGAAUGUGUAUAUGCGUGGAUAGCCGCGUUCGUAUGCGUUAUUCUUCCGGUGGACUGUGGGAGUGGGCGUCGCCACGAAUUCAAACGGGACGCGAGCGAAGAAAAGGGAGAAGGAAGUUGAGAUAUAUCGGUGCGCGACUUCGCCACAGUGCGUUUACCUACGGUGCAAUACAGUGGCAUAUAGGAUGUGCGUAUAGAGUGUAAAUACUUCGUGAAUGUCUAUCUGUAUAAAUGUUUAAAAAAAAGAAUGAGAAACGUAAUUAUAAACGAAGAAAAGGAACGAAGUGCGUCGAUGAGGGAUCGGAGAGUGUGUGCUGUUGUAAAUAGAGAGAAAAGAAAAUGGUGAAGAAACGGAGAAUAAGAAAAAAGAAAAGGAGGAAGAGGAAGAGGGAAAGAGAGAGAGUGUGUGAUUAUAAUAUUUAAGGUGCUUCCCUCGUGAUUACGGGGAUAUACGAGACUUAGCGUCCCAGUGUCUGUACAUUGCAGCGAAGUCAGUGAGUUUGCUAGAUAGCCUAAAGUCGUUGUAAAUACGUUCCCGUCUUCUGCGUCUACCAAGACUGUUCCCCGAUUGAUCAAGCUCACGGUUAAUUUAGGGUUAACAGUGCGUGAAAGAUCUCGUCGGACGAGAGAUACUCUCGCGUACCGUCAGCGUGUGUAUUCUCCGGGAUACACACCGCGGCACAUGGAGCUAUGCUCACGGCGUGCCAUGUGGAUUUACCUUUGCUAAGAGCCUGCGCGCGUCAUAUCGUACGAAGGAUAAUCGAAAUGCGAGAA